CAUUGGUCCCCCUACCCAUCUACACCUCACCUCCGACACCCAACACCCCCAGCACAUCCCACCAACUAACCGACACACACCAUGGCCGAAAUCCACCACGCCUCCACCACCCCCUACAUCCCCCUCUCCCUCACCCACCGCGGCCCCGGCCUCUCCUUCAAACACCUCUUCCUCGGCCCCGAAUCCACCCCCGAAAACUACCUCUUCAGUCUUGCCCACCAAUCCAUCUUCUACUCGCCCCGCCACAAACACAACUUCGAUCAAUUCCGCUUCGCGUAUAAGAACUCCGUUUCUAUUUCGCCCGAUAUUGUUCUCCAGGAGGGCGAGUUGUGUUAUCAUCCUGAGGGCGUGGAGUACGGACCGCAGGAUGAUCCGGAGGGGGGGAGAGAGGUGCUGGUGUUGCAGUUUGGGGGAGCCAGUGGGCAGGGAUAUUUGAGUUUUCGGGAGGUUGGGGUGGCGCAGGGGCGGUUGGGGGGGAGGGGGAGGUUUGAGGGGGGGAGGUUUUUUGAGAAUGCGGUUGCGGAUAAAGAGAAUGGGGGGGAAGGGGAAGGGAAGGAUGGGUAUCAGGCGCUUUGGGAGGAGAUGAUGGGACGGGAGUUGGUGUAUCCGGUUCCCCGGUAUGGGGGGCCCGUGGUGGUCAAGCCGGAGGGGUUUCGGUGGGUCAAGGUUAAGGAGGGGGAAGGGGCGUGGAGGAAGUGUUUGGGGGUGUUUUCGGAGAGGGAGACGAGGGUUGAGAUGGUGAAGUUGGAUGAGGGGGGGAGGGUGCAGGUCGAGGCGAGGGAUGCGAUUCAGUUGUUUUUUGUCUUGAAGGGGGAGGGCGUUGUUGGGGGGGAGAGUGUGAGGCAGGAGUCGGCGGUCAGGUUGCAGCCUGGGGUUGGGGCCGAGUUUGCGUCGGAGACGGGGUUGGAGGUUUUGAGGUUUGUGUUGCCGAUGUUGAGGUGA